AUGCCCAGGGAAUUCGAUCGGAUUACUGAAGUUGAAGACAAUGGCAUCAUCACAAAGAGGGAGAUGGCCGCUCACAAGCCAGUAUGUUACUAUGUAAUGAACAACGACUGUGUUGAAGAGCAAAAUGCCUUUUUUGAAAGACCCAGUGAAGCCAUGAAGAGCCACCUAAAACCCCUCUUCAUCACUGGGAAAGUCGAAGACGUCCCCGUUAAUAAAAUAUUGGUGGAUUGUGGAGCGAAUGUGAACUUGAUGCCUCACCACAUGCUGAGGAAAAUUGGCAAAUAUGAUACUGAUGCCAAACCUCAUAAUAUGGUGCUAACUAACUAUGAAGGUAAAGUAGGUUCCACCAUGGGGGCUAUCCAAGUCGAAUUAACUAUAGGGAUAGUCACUAGGUCUAUAAUGUUUAUGAUUAUGGAAACCAAGGCUAACGACAAUCUGUUGCUUGGAAGAGAAUGGAUCCAUGGGGUCGAAGUUGUCCCAUCUUCAAUGCACUAG